AUGACAACAACAAUGUCACUGCGGACACAAUUGUCAACAACAACACUGAUGACACAAAUGACAACAACAAUGCCACUGCUGACACAAUUGACCAAAAACAAUGCAACUGCUGACACAAUUGUCAACAACAACACUGAUGACACAAAUGACAACAACAAUGCCACUGCUGACACAAUUGACAACAACAAUGUCACUGAUGACACAAAUGACAACAACAAUGCCACUGAUGACACAUAUGACAACAGCAAUGCCACUGAUGACACAAAUAACAACAACAAUGCAACUGAUGACACAAAUGACAACAACAAUGCAACUGAUGACACAAAUGACAACAACAAUGCCACUGCUGACACAAUUGUCAACAACAACACUGAUGACACAAAUGACAACAACAAUGCCACUGCUGACACAAAUGACAACAAUGAUGCAACUGCUGACACAAUUGACAACAGAGCCAUUGCUGACACAAAUGUGAUGGCAAUAAAUCUAGUUAUUUUUAUUCUAAGAUAA